UCAGUAUCAAACAUCAAAUCUCAUCUUCAUAUCUAGUUCGUCUUGAUCUGCUUUAUUCAACCUAAAUAAAAGAGAGAGAUAUGGGAUCAUUAGUGAAAGAAGGAGCGUCAUCUUCGUUGAUGACGGAGUUUUUAGAGAAGUGCGGCGGUUAUGCGGUGGUGGAUGGAGGGUUUGCGACAGAGCUAGAACGACACGGGGCUGAUAUCAAGGAUCCACUUUGGAGUGCCAAGUGCCUCAUUACUUCUCCUCACCUCGUCACAAAGGUGCACUUGGAUUACCUAGAGUCUGGAGCAAACAUCAUCCUCACCGCAUCGUACCAGGCGACGAUCCAAGGAUUUGUAGCUAAGGGUUUAUCGGUGGACGACGCAGAGAGUUUGCUGCGGAGGAGCGUCGAACUCUCGUGUGAGGCACGUGAGAUUUUCUACAACAGAUGCAACAAGGGCUCUUGGGAUUUUGACCACGUCGGAAAAGCUUCCCUGCGACCGGUUCUUGUCGCAGCUUCCGUUGGUAGCUAUGGAGCUUAUCUCGCUGAUGGCUCGGAAUACAGUGGAGUAUAUGGAGAAUAUGUGAGCAAAGAGACAUUGAAGGACUUCCAUAGAAGAAGAGUCCAAAUCCUAGCAAAAUCGGGAGCCAAUCUAAUUGCAUUCGAGACCAUUCCAAAUAAGCUUGAAGCUGAGGCUUACGUGGAUCUUCUUGAAGAGGAAGGCAUUGACAUUCCAGCAUGGUUCUCGUUCACUUCCAAGGAUGGAGUCACUGUGCCAAGUGGAGAGUCUAUUAUAGAAUGCGCGAAAGUGGCAGAUUCUUGCAAGAAAGCGGUGGCCAUAGGAAUCAAUUGUACAGCACCAAGAUAUAUUCAUGAUUUGAUUAUCUCCUUGCGCCAGGUGACUCGCAAACCGAUCAUUGUGUACCCAAAUAGUGGAGAAGUCUACGACGGCCUGAACAAGAAGUGGAUUCAAUCAGAGGAGGAAGCAGAGGAGGAUUUUGUGUCGUAUGUGAGUAGAUGGAAAGAAGAAGGGGCAUCUCUAUUUGGAGGGUGUUGUCGGACUACUCCAAACACUAUCAGAGCCAUUGCUAAAGUGCUCUCCUGCGAGUCUCCAACACCAUCAAAACUUAAGUUCUGGUAGUAGACUUGUCUAAGAUGGAGUCUGCGCUUGUGGUGUCAGGUAGGAGUUUGGAAUAUACAUAGGCGCAACUCUAAUGAUAUGUAUGAUCAUAUACUAAUAUGUUUUAUUCUGUGUUAUUAGAUCAUCUAUAUAUAUCCUUGUCUAUUUUCGCAACUAAAAGAAUGGCAACUAUGUUAGUAGAGACAGAUGUGUUGGUUAUAAGGCCGGAUAAGAUAAUAAGAGUAAUGUCGGGGUCGGGUAUAAAGUGAUGGUUUUAUGUUGAUGUAUAUAGAAGUGUACUUCUAUCUGUUUUGUAAGAAAGAUGUUAUGGAAUAAACUUCUACUUGUCUU